AUGCUGUCGGACCUCGCGGUGGGGGUGCCGCGGGGACCACCCCCGCAAGCUGUGCUGGAGAAGAGGCCAUGGUGGAAGCUGCUGCUUUUCUUUCUGACUAUCACUUCGAUAGUCCAGUUCACCACUUUGGACCUGGUGGGCGGGAUGCUCACCACUCUCAUGCUGUUCUUAGCCUGUAUGAUGUUGACAGAUGGCAUGGCCGAGUUACAUCGAUAUGCCUUGGCCUUCUCGAUGCUUUCCAUGCUGUGCCUCUUUUUUGACGUCGUCCCACUCUUGUCGAGCAUCGGUGGGCGCUCAGAGGUCUCGGUCGAGCCAGUGGACCGAAGGAGUAUGGAUGACGAGCUGAGGAUUACGUACACGACGAUUAUCAAGACCUCACCCUUUUUCGAUCACACCAAGAGUUAUGUCUACAAUGCCGGAAGCGUUGCGAUGAUUUUGUCUCCCCUGACCAUGCUGUUGGGUGCCUACCUGGCGGGAGAGGCGCAUGUGGAGCUCCAAGCCGAGCCCAGCGAGCCGUCGCCCAACUUGACCUUCGAGACGACCCGGAAUCCCAGCAACACACGCACCUUUGGGCGGAUUCGCUUUCAGAACCUGGGACCCAUCCCCCCGGGAGAUGGAACUGGCCCAAGGGGCUCCGACUUCAGUGGUCGGAGUUCGUGCGUCCUGGUGGUGGAUGUCUUUGAGAGCCCAAAGAGGCCACAGCAACGCUUGUUGGCCAGAGUGCGUCGCCUGCGUUUCGACCCCGGGGCCUUCGAGCCCUUGCUGGAGUACAUCCUGGAGUAUGAUGGAGUGCUCGAGUGCCACGUUGAGGGCCAGAAGCCCAGCGAGGCCCCGAAGCAGUUCUUGGUCAUCGAGAACCCUGGAGUGCGAGACCUGUGUGGCAGCACCUUUCGUCGGGUGGAGUUGAAGCUGGGCCAUGGAGUGCCAGGCUCCAUUGGCACCUCAAGGCUUCAAGCCUUGAAGCAGAGCCUCUUCGAGGGUCCUGGGAAGGGCGCUGCAGAGGGUUUCCGCCUGGAGCGCUUUCAGGGAAGCCCCGCCUCCUUGGACUCCGCCGACCCCUUGUUGGAUAUCGGCACCGAUGCCAUGAAGGGCGAGAUGGUGCGACAGAAAGUACGGAAGGCCAUGCUUCAGCGGAUGCCUGCGCCGGAUGUGAUCAUGUACUUUGUGGACAUGCAGACCAUUGGCACCGCCCCAGGUGAUUCUGCAGUCAUGGCACAGCUGCUGUUGGCCCAGAUGGCUUCCAAGCUGGCUGGCUUGGCGGUCGCCUGCCGCCGAGCCCCAGCACCCCAGCUUUGGCUCGGCACCUCCCUGGCGGUGACCCUGGACACCGGCGCCGCCGUGGCUCCUCCGGAAGUGAAGGUGAAGCUCUUCGGCUGGGGACAGGCUGCCUUCACCCGCGUGGAGCAACACCAAGCGCUGCCGCCGUCCGAGCGUCGGGAACGCAGCAACAAGUGGCGUGAGUUUAUCAGCAGCAUCGACAAGGUCGCUUGGGAGGCCUCUCGUGCCUACCUUCACCGCUUUGGCAACCACAAGGGCUGGAAGGAGGUGAAGUUUGUGGUGGCCGACUUCGAUGCCAUCAGCUCGCACGACUUCAUCGGCCAGGCCUCCUUGCACCUCGACGAGUCGACACCCCUGGAGGGUGAACAGUCCUUGCAACUGGUGGACAGGAGUGGAAAUCCUGUGAUCGGCAAGAAUGGCCUACCUGCUACUCUGACCUGUUCAGUGGCUCUUCAUCACCUGAAGAAGGUGCGAUUGAGAGGCAUUUGGCAGGUGCAGAUCCACAGGGCGGUGAACUUACCUUCUCGUGACCUCAGUGGUACCUCGGACGCCUGGGUCUCCCUCUAUGCCACUGGCGGAGAGGCCUCAGAGUUUUGCUUCCAGCAGCGGAGCUCGGUGGUGCCUCGGAACUUGAAUCCGGAAUGGAACGAGAGUUUCGACUUGCCCUUGGCGCAGCCAGGUACACUGCUGGCAGACUGGCUGGAAAUCGCAGCUCCCAGCUUGGGCGAUGCAGCUCGAAACGGGGCCGAAGACGGUGGGGGUCGCGGUGUAGAUGGAAGAUCCUUGGUGAAGCAGCACCGGGGUGAUGUCUUGCAGCAAGAGCGCGGUCAUACACACCUUGAUGUCGUGUCAGUACCCUCCGUGAUUGCCAACGACACCGUUCCUGAGAUCUUGGGCGCCCACGGCACGCCGAACGUUCGGCCGAACAUCGCCUGGAUCCGGCUUUGUAAGCUGCUCCACCACUUCCAAGGCAUCAACGCCAUUGGCUGGUGUAAGAUGAAGAGUGCAGUUCGCCUGUUGAGCUUCUACACGUUUGUUCGCUGUUUUUCAGACUUGAUGGGAACCACCCAUGAACCGUAUGUCAGCACACUCUGGGCUGAGAAGCUCCUGUGA